AAUAGAUCGGCGGCGAAUCUGGUACUGGCUUUACUGCAGACUGUGGACCAAGAUGGCGGGAAGUCCUUUAGCUUACGAGUUGACGAAGUUUUGUAAAUACUCCAGACAACUCAGACACACUCUGAAGGACACGAAAAGCGCUUUUGACGACGUUGAGAAGUGCGGUGGUUUCUGGGACGGCGACUUACAGCACUCCUGGCAUGAAGAAGAAGACUUCAUCCAGUCGGUGAUCAACCGGCCACCAUGUCUCAUCAUCCUCGGCCAAUCAUGUUAUGCCAAAGCCUCUGUUGUUAACGAGCUGUUCGGAGAGGCUGUCUUGCCAACAAUGCAGAGUCUGGAGGUCAGUGUCAGCUGGCGCAUGCUCAGGUUCAAGUUUGGCAGCAGCAGGAACCUCCGACUGACUCUGCCUGAUAGCUUUGAACUCGUAGACAAUCUGGCUGCAUAUGAGCAGGACUGGACGACAGUUCCGCUAGAGGACCUGGAGCUGCAUGGGGAACAUCGAACAGACAUUGCGCUGGCGUCUGCUGUGGUGGAGGUCGUGCUGAACCAUUCCUUACUGAAGGAAGGAGCCCAGGUCGUCGUGUCUCCCUCCCAUGUCAUCGGUCUCAACACGAAACAGGUCUUCUCCAAAUGCACUGAAGAUGUCUUACCCGUAGUUCUGUAUGCAGUGAACAGGGAACGGCUGUCAGAGCAGGAUAUACAGGAACUUGUGGACAUUAGGGCCAAUUUCCCUGAAACUCCCAUAUUCUUUAUAAGGACUAGAGACUGUGAGAGAGAAGAAGUUACAUCAGAACCCACCCUGCUUCAGCAGCUGUGUUGGAGUGGUUUCCAGGUCCAGCCAUCAAACAUGGCACAGGCACACAGGUAUCCAGGGUCAUCCACACAGUCACAACACAGUACGUCACCCAACAUGACACAGUCACACUACAAGGUGUCUAAGAGCCUGCCCCAGUCUAGGUUAGUGGAGAACUUUGAACACUUCCCCAGUCUGCUGCUGUUUGUACGUCAGGUGUUACAGACCCAUCUGGUGCGGGCUGCCUGUGUGUUGUACAGCGCUCACACACGCUGUCUGCAGAUGUUCAUCACCUCAGCCUUUGACAUGGCCCGUGACAUCAUGAUCACGCCACGCAGAAUCGAGUACGCCAGGGCUCGGGAACGGGAACUGUAUGACAGUCUGGUGUCCAUUUCCGACAAGAAACAGGACGAAAUAAAGAAUCUUAUCAGGGAGACAAUAGCAAACAUCCGUGAAGAACUGCUGGCUGAUGCUGCAAGUUACUCUUUCAUAGGAGUGGAGCUGACAGACUCAGGACAACUGGUGGACUCCAAACAGCUGCGGACCUGCACAUCCCAGAUCCAGGACCUGGUGUUGAACAAGCUCAACACGGCUGUGGCAGGGCAGCUGAUAGGUUCUGUGGACUGUCUGAGAGAGAGUUUUGUCGGCACCUUGGCCAGGUGUAUCCAGAGUCUAGAGAAGGACCAGGGGGAUGUUGAGGACUGUGUUGCAAGUGUUCAUCUUAAGCAGCUGCUGAACGCUGCCUACCAGGUGGAGGUCACCGUGCACAAAAGCGCCUCGCUACUCCGAGUCCUCUGGGAGAAGAUGAAACAGCUGGUGCAAGCUCUGCCAUGGAACGCACCCAAGAAGGUGGAUGCUGACUGGAAGAAGAAGGUUGCGUCAGACAUGCUCGGCAGUCUGAGUGAAUCUCGCCUGGCACGGAGCAUGUGUGCUCAGUUCAAGGACCGCCUGUGUAACUCCCAUGAAGCCUUCAUGUCAUCGCUGAAGCAGUUGGAAGUGCAGCACUGCGGCCGCCUCGAGAGGACUGAGGAGCAGCGCAUGAAACUGCGUAAAGUUUACGCCCCAACUCUGGCACACCUCGCGCUGGAAAGCACAUCUCUCCGGGACAUCAUACUGCAUGGCAUGCCGCAGCUUGGCCGUGAGAUCGGACGUGGACAGUACGGUGUGGUGUACGCAUGUGACAGCUGGUCCGGCCACUCCCCCCUGGCUGUAAAAUCUGUCGUACCACCGGACGAGAAGCACUGGAACGACCUGGCACUGGAAUUCCACUAUACAAGGUCCAUUCCUGAGCAUGAGAGAAUCGUGAUGCUGCGAGGGUCUGUGAUCGAUCACAGUUACGGGGGUGGCUGCAGCCCGGCUGUGCUGCUGGUGAUGGACCGGCUGCAGAGGGACCUCUACGCUGCUAUCAAGGCCGGACUGGACACCAUCAGCCGGCUGCAGGUGGCUCUGGACGUAGUGGAAGGAAUCCGCUACCUUCACAGCCAGGGACUGGUGCACAGGGACAUCAAACUCAAGAAUGUGCUGCUGGAUAAGAAGAAUCGUGGGAAGAUUACAGACCUGGGGUUCUGCAAGCCUGAAGCCAUGAUGAGCGGCAGUAUUGUGGGAACCCCGAUCCACAUGGCACCGGAACUCUUUACCGGCAAGUACGACAGCAGUGUGGACGUGUACGCGUUUGGAAUCCUGUUCUGGUACGUGUGCGCGGGAACUGUCCGGCUGCCGCACGUGUUUGAGCAGUGUGCCAGCAAGGACCAUCUCUGGAACUCUGUCAGAAAAGGCGCCCGUCCGGAAAGGCUGCCGCUGUUUGACGAUGAGUGUUGGGCGCUGAUGGCGGCCUGCUGGGCUAAAGAGCCAACCGCACGGCCGUUGCUAGGCAAUGUCCAACCACAGCUGAGGAGAAUCAUGGACAGAUUCAUGAAUCGUCAUGAAGUCACCUCAGCAGGAUCUUAAAGAUGAUGUGUUGCAGGAUAUGCACCUGUAUAAUGGUGGUGGAGGGUGUUCUAUGAUUGACUAUUACUGUAUCUUGCUGUUGUUGAUUUUUUUUUCAAUGAUAGCAAAUAAUUACAGUAACUGAUAAUAGAUUUAAUAUUCUGCACAGUAAAUAUGGGGGAAUAUUUAUGUAUGCAUAAUUCAUUGCAAGAUGAAGAUUGAUUCUGUGGUUUCUAUUGCAUGGGCUUCCAGGACAAUGAAGGUGUUAAACAUUAUCAUUACUGCAGGAAGGCCCUUAAUGUCACUGCCAGCUGGCAGAAUCAGGCUGAAAUUUUCUGCAAAGCAAGUAUAAUCAUUGUAUAAAAAUGUAGAAUUCAGGGCCAGAAAUACAGAAAUUACUCCAGCUGCUUGUACCCUCCAAGUAAAAGAUAGUAUGUAAGAUUCGACAUAUUUACUUUGUAUAUGUGGUAGGCAACCAAUAAAAUAAUUUAUCUAAAAGG